AUGGCAAUUAAAGGAUGGAUAUCAAGAGAGAUGAGCUACAGAGAGAGUAACUGGUUUCCCAACAGGAGGCUCAGAAAGAGAGAAAACCGUCAGCUGAAGCUUCUCCUGAAGCAGUGGAAACAACUGCUCCACUUCAAGCAGUGGAGUGAGAUCUUUUUGUGCAAGGUCCCAGUGGCAGUACUGAUUGUUGAAAAAUUUAAUCAAACACCUACUGGUGAAGGUUUGAGACAUGAUGUGUGGAAGGAGUUUGCUGAACGUUUUGGAGUUUAUGGGAUAACAGAGUCAUAUGGAUCAACUGAAUCCAAUGUUCGUUUUAUCAACUACACUGGUAAAAUUGGAGCUAUUGGACGAGCAGGAUUCUUGAAUAAGCUGAUGUUUCCAUUUGAGUUUUUAAAAUAUGAUGUGCUGAAAGAAGAAGUGGUUAGAGAUGAGAUUGGUCGUUGUGUUAAAGCCAAAAAGGGAGAAGUUGGCCUUCUGGUGUCUCAGGUCACAAACCAAAACCCAUUUUGUGGCUAUGCUGGGAGUGUGGAGCAAACACAGAAAAAACUGCUGAGGAAUGAUCUAAAGGAAGGAGAUGUUUACUACAAUUCAGGAGACCUGAUGAAGGUGGAUAAAGAUGGUUUUGUUUACUUUUGUGACAGGGUUGGGGACACAUUCAGGUGGAAAGCGGAAAAUGUGUCUACAACAGAAGUGGAUGAAAUUCUCGAGGAAAUGAAGAGGUCAAUGUGUAUGGAGUACCUGUAUCAGGAUAUGAAGGCAAGAUAGGAAUGGCUUCACUGGUUCUCAGGCCUCAGAAAGCAUUUAACGGACAGAGACUGUAUGAAGC